AUGAAUCAGGUCGUGAGUCAAUGGGAUGUGCUAAUAACUCUUUACAUGUUCUUCAGCUGGUGCCAUGGAGGGAUUACAAAUAUAAAGUGCUCGGGCCGUCUGUGGGUGGAGCCAGCCACAGUCUUUAGGAUGGGUAUGAAUGUCUCCGUCUACUGCUACGUAGCACUUAAGAACUGCCAACCAAGUACACUUCAUUUUUACACAAAUGACAACAAGGAAAGUUUUCAGAUGACAAGAAUUAAUAAGACAACCGCUUGGUUUUGGUAUCCAAACUUUCUGGAACCACAUGCCUCCUUGUUCUGCACUGGUGAAUGUCCUGGAUAUUUUCAAGAGACACUGAUAUGCGGAAAAGAUAUUUCUGCUGGGUACCCACCAGAUGUUCCUGACGAGAUAACCUGCGUCAUUCAUGAAUAUUCGAGCCACAUGACUUGUACCUGGAAUACUGGGAAACCCACCUACUUAGAUACAAGAUACCUGGUCCACGUGGAAAGUUUGGAGACUGGAGAAGAGCAGCAGUAUCUCACCUCAAGUUAUAUUAACAUCUCCACUGAUUCCUUACAAGGAGGCAAGAAGUAUUUGGUGUGGGUGCAGGCUGCAAAUGUACUGGGGACAGAGAUGUCAAAGCCACUGCAAGUCGACCUGGAUGACAUAGUGAUACCUUCUGCAACCAUCAUUUCCAAGAUUGAAGAUUUAAAUACGACCAUGCCCAGGACCGAAGUUCAUUGGAGCAGUCGAUCAACAAUUAAAAACAUCUCUUGCGAAGUGAGACACAGAAAUACAGCAAAUGAAACUUGGAAUGUUAAAGAAUUUGCCACCAAUUUGACAUACAUGCAGCGGUCAGAAUUCCACUUAGAAUCCAACAAUACAUAUGUGUUUCAAGUGAGGUGUCAAGAAACAGGUAGAAGGUACUGGCAACCCUGGAGUCCAGCCUUGUAUCACAAAACUCUUGAAAGUGUUCCCCAGACCGCCUUGAAGUCAUCCCAACGUGAGACUCAGAAUUCUGGGCUUUUAAUAACUUCCACAUUUAAAGAACACCUUAUUUCCGACAACAGACAAGACAUUGGACUUUUAUCAGGAAUGGUCUUCUUUGCUGUGCUAAUGUCAAUUUUUUCUUUGAUUGGGAUAUUUAAUAGAUCACUCCGAACUGGAAUUAAAAGAAGAACCUUAUUGCUAAUACCAAAGUGGCUUCAUGAAGAUAUUCCAAAGAUGGAAAACAGUAAAGUCGUGAAAAUGCUACAGGAACAGAAUAAGUUUAUGAGUAGCAAUUCCAGCCAACAGGUCUUAUAUGCUGACCCGGUGGUUACAGAGAUAGAAGUGUUUCUCCCAGAAGAACGCAAGCCCAUAGUCUACACAAAGGAAACAAGUAGAGAUUCCUUGGAGCCAAGAGACUGCCUGCAAAAAUCUGCACACACCGGCACGACUGUUGUGUAUAUUCCUGACCUCAACACUGGAUACAAACCCCAGAUUUCUGAAUUUCUUAUGGGUGGAAGCCACCUCGGUAGUCAUGAAGAGAUGACUCCCCCAACUUUUAAACCACCAGAUAGUUCCUUAGACCUGGGAGAGAAUGCCAGUUUCCAAAAAUAUCCUCAUUUUGUUUUUUCUGUCUCGAGUAUGAAUUCUCAAAGCAACACGUUAUUUCUUGGAGACUUGAACCUUAUUUCAAAUCAAGCAGAGAGUAAUCCUUCAGGCAUACAAGACUCAGGAGAAGGGGAAACAGCCCUGCUUUUGGAAAAUGCUUCACCUACUGUAAUGAUACCAGAGCAGACCUUGUUGCCUGAUGACUUUGUCUCUUGCUUGGGGAUCUUGAAUGAGGAUUUGCCAUCUAUGAAUUCGUAUUUUCCACAAAAUGUCUUGGAAAAUCACUUUAAUAGGAUUUUACUCUUGGAAAAGUAGAACUGCCUUAUAAAGUUGAAUCUCUACCUGCCUGCCCCCCCCCCCCAACACAAAUUUUGUUUAGUCUUUUAAAAAAAAAGUUACAGAAUUAAAAUCUAAUGGCAGAAGAUACUUCAUGGUCA